UGCGAUGCUCUGUACGUCUUUGUGAAUUUACCGUGUGGAAACAUCUUGAAAUAUCUAGCUUUGACUUAACCAGAUAUUAUAGUAAUCGUCGCUUAAUUUGAACACAAUGUCGGAUUCCUUGUUGCAGUGGUGUGUGGACCAGUUACACCAUAAAUUUGGUUUGGAUGCGAGCGAAGACAUCGUACAGUACAUUCUGUCCAUUGAGAAAGCUGAGGAAAUUGAAGAGUAUGUGGGAGAUCUCCUGCAGGGCACUGAUGGGACUAAAAGACAGUUUAUUGAUGAGCUCCUCAGCAGAUGGAUGAGGUCCAAAAGACAAACCUCAGACACCACCAGUCUUUUUCUUCUGAAAGAAUCGGUGUCACCAGAACUGCAAGACUGGUCUAAAGACACUCAAAAAAAGGCUAAACGCAAAGGACGUAACAAACAGGAAAUGGUGACUGCGACCAUAAAGGAACCUGAGCCCGAAGCAGUGAAGACGCCCAUCGAUUUGAUAAGGGCUCAGGAACACAAUAGUUCUUCUUCAGGAAAGAAGAAAUCAAAGUUUGUCAAUCUCUAUGCCAAAGAGGGCCAGGACAAGUUGGCUGUUCUACUCCCAGGCCGAUAUCCCUGUGAGUGCCUUGCUCAAAAGCACAAACUCGUCAACAACUGUCUCAGCUGUGGGCGUAUUGUGUGCGAACAGGAGGGUUCAGGACCGUGCCUCUUCUGUGGAAGCCUGGUUUGCACAGCAGACGAGCAGGCGAUUUUACAACGAGACUCUAACAAAAGCCAAAAACUCAGAAAGAAACUCAUGGGAGGUGAGAGUCCGAGCUACUCAGUCAAAAAUGCCAGGGAAAGCUGUGGAGAGUUUAACUCUAAAUUUGAUUUUGUUUUGACAGAUUGUGCAGAAAGAGAACUCCUUCCACAUCAAGAUGCCAAGAUAAAAGAUGGUUUGGAGAAAGCAAUUCAGCACAAAGACAAACUGCUGGAAUUUGACAGAAAUAGUGUGAGGAGAACCCAGGUUCUGGAUGAUGAGGCUGAUUACUUUGCAACCGAAUCCAAUCAGUGGCUUUCCCCUGGUGAGAGAGAGAAGCUGAGGAGGAAGGAGGAGGAGCUGAGGGAGCUUCGUCAUGCAUCUCGCAAGGACAGGAAGAUCACGCUGGACUUUGCUGGGAGACAAGUGAUUGAUGACGGAAACAAUAUGGAUGCAUAUUAUAAAAAAUUGGAUGAGACUCUUCAUGCCAUGAACAAUGAACCCCAGUCAAAGGAGUUCUCCGGCAGUCCAGGUGGAAGGAAGAACAUCAGUGGGCUGAUCAACCCAGACCUCCGACAGGCGGCGCCACAGUGGGUGGAUGUUGGAGGUGGUGAAAACCACAGCGGCUCCAUGAAGCAACGAGUGAGUGUGGAGGACCAGGAGGGGAAUGGGCGUCGCAGGCUGCGGCUCCAAGACAAAGAGUUGCAGGAGAUCUCUGACGGAGGCUGGUGCCUCAGCAUGCAUCAGCCGUGGGCCUCACUGCUGGUCAAGGGCAUCAAGAAGGUAGAAGGCAGGACCUGGUACACUUCACAUCGAGGUCGACUUUGGAUUGCAGCCGCAGCCAAAAAACCCACACCUCAAGAGAUCGCUGAAGUGGAGGAAAUGUACCGACGUCUUUCUAAGAAAGAAAUCAAGUUUCCUAAAGACUAUCCCGCUGGCUGCCUGUUGGGUUGCAUAAAUGUGACAGACUGCCUCUCCCAGCAGCAGUUUAGGGACCAGUUCCCUGAAACCUGCGAGGAGUCGUCUUCUCCAUUCGUCUUCAUCUGCACUAAUCCCCAGGAGCUGCUGGUGAAAUUCCCCAUGAAAGGAAAACACAAGAUCUGGAAGCUGGAGAGUCACCACCACCAGGGUGCCAAGAAGGGGCUGGUUCCAUCAGCAGCAGACUGACGCUGGAGGACAGGCUCAAGGGGAACACGGCAAAUGACCGUCUUUAAGCAGUUGGUCUCAGCGACCAGUGUCAGCUGGUCUUUUUUCCUUUCAUCACUUUAAUAAACACAUAAAUAAUGUUAGUUACAUGCAAAAAAAAAAAAAAUAACCUUAUUUUUUGUUUCUAGAUUAUUUUUCCGGCAAAAAUAAAGUGUCAAAAUAAAUCAAACUAUUUUAAGAUGCUUUUGUAUUAAAAAAAAAAGAUUUGUGUUGCAAUACAAGAAUCCCCCAAGUUAAGACAAUUCAUCAUUUAUUUUUAGUUAAACAGCCAGAGGAGAUUUUUAUUUUUAUUUAACUCAUGCAAAUCAGACUUAACCUUCACACAUUUAAGGCCGCAUUUACACCAACAGCAGACUUUUGACUAUAAACAGAGCGUUGUCUGUUUUAGUGCAGCCGUUUCGUGACAACAGGAAAACAAAUACUAAAAAUAGUAAAAGCUGCUCCAUCUCGUCAAUCCAGCUUCACCAAGCAACAUAUGUUUUGUUUUUUCAAUUCAGGAUUAGAAAUAUUGAAACCUUUUCUAGUUUUAAGGCUAAUGGAAAUGCAGUAUAAGGUUUCUGCAAGUAAAUACGCAACUGCUCACAAACAUUUAUACUAUGUUGGGUUUUUUUUUUUUUCUACAAUUGUAAAGCAAAGAAAAUCAAAAACAUGCUAAAAGUUUCAUGAAGGCACCUGAGGGUGAUGAGACUGUUUUGUAAAAAUGCGGAGCUCCCAAACCAAUGCCAUAUGAUAAAUCUUACAACAAACAUUUGCUUCUAGAUUGGUUUAAAAAAUGGUUGUGGUCCGUGUUCUCAUUAUUUUCUUUCUUGAUUGUCAAACCGGGGCAAAUAAUUGUGUACUUCAUAAUUAAAAAGUAUAUUUGACCUCAAAAUACAAAGAAAAAGGUGUUUUGUUUUUUGUUUUUUUGCUUGACAGAUAAUAAUUCUUAGUGAUCAGCCUUGUGUUUUUUUAUGAAGGACUGCAAGGAACAGAUUGGUUUCCCAAUCUUUUUUCUUACUGUGCAUUUAAACAAAAUAUGCCGCCUCCACAAAAGUUUCGUCAUUUUCAAAAGUAUGUCAUAAAUAAACCUCGCCUCACUGAACAGAUUCGUGAGUCAGUUUAAAAACAUCUGUCUUUUUUCAUCGCCGCCAACAAACAUGGCUCCUGUAUCCACAGGAAGGGAGGUGGAAAGAGUCUCACUGUCGGGGAAAUAUCAGCACAUGCAGGCCGCUACCUGUUUGGCAGACUGUGCCAAAGUUAGGCAGAGAAAAACACUCAGCCUGUGAUUCUAUGGGACGACAUCAGUGCUCACAGAAUGAAAGAAAUGAUGAAUCAGGGCCUGACUCCAGAUACACAACCGGAACUGAAACAAGGCUGUUUGCACUUGUUUACUUAAAGCUGCACAGAAAAGUGUUGAGUUGUUCCUCUAAGCCUCGCUCUGCAGUAAAGCCCUCAGACUUUUGGACUCAACUCAGAUGGAAUUUCACGUACUCCCUCCAUACAUGCAGCAACACGCUGUCAGAGAGGAUAAAACUGGGAUGCAGGGAUAUUUUCAGUCUAAACAGCUUGUGUUAUUUCAUGUGUGCCCUCCACCUGAUCCUGCUUUCUUGCCUUAUGGGUCCUUUGCUUACAGGCCUUCAGCAAUAUCUGCAUUUUUAAAGCCCAUAAUCUUAAUGUUUCCACUAAAACCAUGUAGGAUUCAAAAAAGACAAAAUUCCCUUAAGACCUUGCGCUGUUGAACUCAGCCUCAGUAUCUUGUCAUGGUCACUUGCUUUUUUGGAAAACAAGGGGAAAGAUGUCUCAGAUAUCAUGUGUGCUGUUUUUUAUGAACGAAACUUCCGAUUUCCUGCACUGAUGGAUGUGAGGCUUUUUACAGAGGUGCAACAAACAGAUUUAAAGCUAAUCUCUAUGCAUUCUACUGUUUAAAGCAAGAAGACAGUUUGUAAUUUCUGCACGUACGUUUCUAAUAAAGCUUGGUCAUGCAAGACAACACAAAUGAGCAUUGGGUCAAAAAUAGAAGAUUGAAGCCGGUUUUUGAGGAACGACAUUAGACUACUAAAGCAAGUUUGCUUUUUAGACUCCAUGAAGAAAAAAGAAAGUAUUUAAAUUUCACUGUUAAAAUAAUGUUUAAAUAUAAAUGAAAAAAUCCUUGCACUUGGUUACAAGAUCAGAAAGCAAGAGGACUUUCGCGAUGAAAAUGCACGCACACAGCAGCUUUUAAGUGAUUUUGCAUUUGGUGAUUGUUGAGUUGAAACCAACCGUCAUAAGUUGUGUGAGGGAUUUUAUUUCACCAGCACAAGAACAAGAACUCUAUAAAUAUCCUGCUUUCAACAGAAAGAAAAUCUGCUUCCAUGCUGAUGAAAGUUCAGCUGUGGUCACUUGUGUGACAGAAGAUUAAUCAGGAAAAGGUUCCAACAAACUUUUAAUAUUAAAUUUGCAAAAAAAAA